CUUUGUUGUAGAUUUCUGCGGAACAACAGAAUCGCCUCCAUAUCAGCAGACACGUUUGCUUCUCUCACCAGACUAAUAUAUCUGUAAGCAAUUCUAAUGCUUCCCCCCCUGAUACUCAUAACUUGAAUCAGCGGUUUCUUAUAAACAACUAACUACUGCUUUCCUAUUAACACUUAAUUUGGUUAGCCUGCGAUCAGACGGUCCUUCCUUUUUCUUUGGGAGGCAAGAACAAGAAAAGGAGGUCUCCCUUUGCCCAUCGCUCCUUCCCGCAAACUGAUACACCUGAUCACAGGUGGGGUUUACACUGAGGUAGAUUGCUCCUUAUCAAAGAUGGAUGAAAAAUUAUUAUAGGUGAGGGUUGAGUUGGAGGCAUUUUUAGCAUGUUGUGCAAGGACUGUAAAAUCAAUUUAUUCUUUGAAUAGCUUCAUCCAAACAUUGUCAUUAAAUCUAUAUAUAAUAUUUCAGUUUUCUUAGUGCCAAUCUAAUUCCAGUCAUACCACACCGAGCGUUUUACUAUCUAAAACAGCUGAAAAUCAUGUAAGUGCGGUUUAUUCUAGUGAAAGAUUAUAACUAAGGCAAUGCGAAAAGAGUAGUAAUACACGGUAGUCAAUUUUCUUUUUGGAAUCUUGAUUUAAAAGCUUUGUCUAGGAAAAAAAACUUUAAUUAUCUUCUUAAUACCACUCUGAGUGUGUGUAACUUAAGGCAACUUAUUUGCUGAAAUUCGCCUUUUUAUAUAUCAAAUGUGGGUAAAUAUGAAGGCUUUUAAAAGAAACACUUCUCGAUAGAGUAACAUUACGUGGUCUGAAUGGUAAAACAAAAUAAAAUGACUUUAUGGGAGACUGUGAUAUUUGCUGAAAUUCGUCUUUUUAUUUAUUAAAUGUGGGUAAAUAUGAAUAACAUUACGUGGUGUGAAUGGUAAACAAAAUAAAAUGACUUUAUGGGAGACUGCGGUAAGCUCAUCAAAUUAAGAGAAAUACAAGUUAUCCCACGGAUCAAGGACUCCGGGUAAGAGCCAGGUUAACUGCUGGGCUACAGAGAGGUUCCAAAUGAGCAAGAAAUUUGAAUCUUAUGGCCUAAAUCUUCUACGGGCGGUAGUUAGAGAAUUGUCCAGCAUAAGAUAACGGAUUUAAAUCAUUGCUGAGCUCUUUGUUCCACAUUUCAGACAACGAAUAUAUCAUAAUUUGUAACAUUUUUAUCUGGUAAAUGUUUUUUAGAAUGCUGACAGACAAUCCCACGGAAAAGAUCGAAACAGAAGCAUUUAAACUUGGAAGAGCUUCAUCCCUGAACAUGUAA